AAGAGUUAAUGAGACUAAAGGGACUCGCCCCGACUGAACACCUCGCUAGUCGUUCUUAGUAAGAGCCCUCAGUUUCGAGCGAACUCCUAGUCUCAUCCUCUCUCGUAGCUGAUUUAUCCAUCUUCUUCUCCUUCACACUUUCGCCAUUUCCCAUCUCCUUCAUGACUUCAUCGUCUCGUCCGAGUUCAAGCAGGACGAGGAGGUUCUCGGCGACGACGGAGAGGCCUCCCCUGACCUCAAACUCUUCGUGGGUAACUUUCCCUUCAGCGUCAAUAACGCUCAGCUCGCUGAUAUCUUCGAGAGUGCUGAAAAUGUCCAGAUGGUCAAGCAGGUGAUAUAUGAUGAUAAGACGACCGGAAGAAGCAGAGGAUUUAGGUUUGUGACUAUGUCAAGUGUUCAAGAAGCUGAAUAUGCUGCUCGCCAGCUAAACGGCUAUGAACUUGAUGGCAGGGCAUUGAGGUCUAAGCUUCCACCUGGGGUGGAGUCUGCUCUACUACAACAAGUUUUGAGCCUAGCACCAGAAAAACUAAGUUCAUUGUCUCCGGAACAACAAGAAGAAGUAAUAAAGCUCCAAUAGAUGCUUCGGUGAGAUCAGAUUCAGCCAUCAUAGCUGAGUCAUAAAUGGUAGUUUUGAUGCAGCAAGUUGUUACAUGUGCAGACACCAACUUGCUUGCUAAAGCAACAAAAGGCGUGGUAUUGAUUCAAUCGAUUUUGAUUGUUUAUAACAGUAUGUUCAUGUAAGGAGUCGAUUCAGAGGAUCUGCAGUGCAGGAGUACUAUCGUAUUCGUGUAGCCUACACAAGCUUAUGUUUUAGUUUAGUCAGUAAAUUAGUUAGGAUUGCAAAAUUUUGUCUGUAUCACAACAUUUAAAUUUACAUUCCCUCAGCUAAAACUUGUUGCUUCACUUUUGACAAUCCUUUGCUCCAAACAUUGUGUACUUUGCUCGAGGUAUAUUCAUGAUCUCUUCCUUUUGCA